CGUCAUAUGGGCGACGCGGUUCCGGUCGCUGCCUGGGUCGCGGGUGCCGCCGCUGAGGGGGCUUUGGAAGUGUCGUGGUGGUGCUGGCCGUUGGGGGUGGGAGCUGCCGCGCGCCGAAACAGUCUUGGGGGGGGAAAAAAGACUUACUCUACAAAUUCAAGCUUCUUUAGACAAGAUCCACUAAAGCCAUUGGAAAGCAAAUGUCAUCAGAAAUGCCAGCAGAAAAUCUGUUAUCCACAGAUGUUCCCGAUGUGGAAGAAAAGAUUAAUUCAAAUGAAAAUCAAGUCAAGAAAGAGGAGCCAGGAUCAGACAAGACAGAGAGCAUUGGAGUUAUGUCAAAGAGGCAAAUGAAGAAGCUAAUGAAGCAGAAGCAAUGGGAAGAGCAAAGAGAUUUACGCAGGCAGAGACGAAAAGAGAAACGCCAGAAAAGAAAACUGGAGCGUCAGUAUCAGUUGGAAUCUAACAAUGAAGGGAGUGACAGGAAGCGUAUACGUAGGGAUGUUCUUCCUAGUACUCUUCGCCUUAUUAUAGACUGCAGUUUUGACAACUUGAUGGUAUUAAAGGAUGUCAAGAAGCUUCACAAGCAAAUUCAGAGAUGUUAUGCAGAAAACCGUAAAGCAUUACAUCCUGUACAGUUUUACUUGACCAGCCAUGGAGGCCAGUUGAAGAACAACAUGAAUGAAAAUGACAAAGGAUGGAUCAACUGGAAGGAUAUCCAUAUUUCAUCAGAGCAUUAUAAUGAACUAAUGAAGAAGGAAGACCUCGUGUAUCUGACAUCAGACUCCCCUGAUGUGCUGAAUGAACUAGAUGAGACUAAAGCCUAUGUAAUUGGAGGUCUGGUGGAUCACAAUCACCACAAGGGGAUUACUUACAAAAAGGCACUAGAACAGGGAAUUGGUCAUGCACAGCUUCCACUUGGAAAUUUUGUGAAAAUGAACAGCCGGAAAGUAUUGGCAGUUAAUCAUGUGUUUGAGAUAAUCCUCUCUUAUCUGGAGAAGAGAAACUGGAAGGAAGCAUUUUUCAGUGUCUUGCCACCACGGAAAGGGGCCAGUCCUCUGGACGAAGCCAAUGAUUCCUCCAAACAUGAGCUGCAUGAAGAGGAGGCUGGUGAAGAUAAUAGCUCGGACAGCGACUAAGCAACUGUGGAAGAGGGCAGGAAUGAAAAGUGCAUGUGGCACAAAGGAUAGAAAUAAGACAUGAGUUAGAUGAAACCUCAGAGAACAAUCUAUCUCACGAGUGUUAUUUGUUUAAGUGGUUACACUUGGAAAGAAGUGGUAAAGAUGAAUGUUACUUUUACCUUGAAAAUACUUCAUUUUUGGAGCUUUUUAUAAAGUACAUUAAUGGCAAAUGCAGAACUUAUUUUGUUAUGGAAGCUAAUAUUUAUUUUCUUUUAAAAUAUUUUAUUUGAUACAGACAGAGCGGUUUUAUUUUAUUUUCCUGAAGCAUGUGAUGAAACCUAAUAAUUAAUGUGUUCGUAAUUGUCCAUGCUUUGUGCAUGUAUCCUUGAUAUUUUAUUAUUCUUCCCUACUCACCCCUAUCUUAUAUUAUGUCUUAAAAGCAAUGAGUGUCAAAGGUUAAUGAAUCUGAAAGCUCCUUCUUGCAUUGCCUGUUGCAAAGUAUGUACAACUUCUCACCAUCAGUGGGUUUUUUUCUGUGCAAAGAUGGUCUUGUCUCUGAAAAAAACAUUGGGAGCCAGGAACUCUGCUUUGGACACUUUAAAACAUAAUUUUUUUAAAAACAUCAUCUGUCACAGCAGAUCUGCCUAUAGAAUGAGUAUCCUACUUCUCUGGCAGGGUUGUGAAUAUUUAAAAAAAAAGUUAGUCUUCUUGCCUCCUGAACUUUAAGCUUUCUGUUCUAACUAAAUUUUUAAAAUAGCCAUUUCAGAACUGAAGCAGGCCAGAAAACAGCCUUGGGGGCAGGAGGUGCCCUUGCACACCUGUGAGGCCAUUCUCUCAUUCCUUUCUGUGGGGGCUAUCCAGAAGGUAGACAGUUGUAGUGUAGCUUUUGGAAGGUGGACAAGUACCUACCGAGAGCAAGUCUGCAAUCAUCAAUAGACUCCCAAAGAGCAUUUGGAUGAUAGCAGCUUCUGAGCACUUGUGACAUGGGCUGGUUUUGAACAGAGAACAUAGAUGUCCACUGUCACCACUUUCAGACUGGGAAUUGAACUGGAAUAUGUGUAGAUGUGCAUGUGGCCUAUAGUUUUACAGGGUUGGCAACAAGCAAAUUAUGAUUGGACAUGUUCAGUGUGAUCAUUUUUGUGCUUUCCUUUUUUAAUAUAAAUAAAUUUUGAGAACUCAUUAGGCAGCCAUCUGAUAAACUACAGUGAAGAUUCAUUUGCCUUAGGUUGUUGGCAACAGUUUGUUGCUCAAAUGAAAUGCUGUGGUGGGUUUAUUGUGUAGAUAUGCCACAGAGAAAUAUGUUACAUUUUCUUUCUGAACCUGGAGAAACUUUUGGACAAAAGCAUUGUCUUGUUUUGUUUGAAGAGCCAAAGAAAUGUACAGCAUAAACAAAGUAAAGCAUAAACAAAGUAAAGCACUUGCCAGUACCAGUUUCCUUUGUUAACAAACAAAUGUGUAAAAUAGCAAAGGUACAAAGUGUACAUUUUACAGCUGAGGUAUUGCAUACUGCUGUACAUAGUAUUCAUUAAAUCUGAUCUAAGCAUUUGACGUUUCAGUUAAGAUUUUCUAAUUCUGCCACAUGUCUUGUUUCCUUCUCAGAUUUGAGCACAUGAAAAUUAAAUGCUACAAUUUAUUCAUGUGCAAUUAAUUCCACAACUCUAAAAGGUAGUUCUUCUGCAUUGUUGUAUUGACCAGACUUUUUUUUUUGGUAUGGUGGACGUGAACAUUUUUUACAACAAAAUAUAUUCUCUUAUCUCUUCACUGGUGUGAUUUACAUAUUAAGGAAGAAUUCAUUUUUUUUAACCCAAAGAAGCUCUGAAAUGGACACUUUUUACAUCUUCUGCAGAUAACUUUGAAAUAUAUUCAUGUCUUUGUUUCAACAUAUUACACACUAUUUAAAACGAUUUCUUUCUUACGUUUUCCUUUCUACUAUGUGUUAGCCACUGCCUCUCUCAUUUGGCUUCUGCCUCAAGUUUUUGGUUUCUCUUUUUUUUUUCUUCAUUUGCACUAACAUAUCACCAUGUCUUACUGUGUCAAAUAUAAUGAUUUGAAAGUGGUUAUAGAGUGUUUAUCACCAUUUUUAAAAUAAACAGUUGCAUAAUAUGAAAAUCAGUCAUUUGCAAGUAGGAGACUCUUGAUCAAUGAAAUAGAGCAACACAAAAUGAAACAUUCAGGACUUCUGUCAUGGGCAAAGUGUUUCAUUUUGGAGAGGAGAUGUGACUCACUUCAAACUUUCUACUAACUUCAAAUUUGCACUGUUUAAGACAAGCAACAUCAUUUUUCAGCUCAGUUGGCAACUGUAAGGCACCACGGUCCAUACGUGAGCCAGAUCAGUUUAACUUGAUUCAUUUCUCUCUCUCCUAAUGCAUCGUCUUCUCCUUUGUCAGUGUUUUAAAGGACAUGCACUUUGGGGCAGGGACAUCUUAGUUUUAUUUCUUUUCCAAGGCUGAGUAUAUUGUUGUUGAUAAACCAUAAGGAACAUGAAUUGAGCUGUGCAAUCCCGAUGCUGCUCUGAGGCAACAUCCAGAGUGAUGACAAAAGGUAAUCAGUCUUUUUUCCCCCUUCUUCUCCAGAUAUUUUGGUGGUGGUUAUCACAAGACACUAUAUCUCCCACAUUCAUUUUGACAUCAAGUUUAACUUUAAUUCACUGUUUAUAGUCUACUUAAUAGUAUUCAACAUUAUUCCUACUUAUUUGUUGUUCUUUUAUCUGCUUCCCUCUUAACUGCUUAUUGAAAUUACUUUGAACUUCUAACCAGCCAGCAGAGCUCUGUGCUCACUUUUACGAAGAGUGAAGCUCUUGAAAACUUGUCCUUUAGUAAGGACUGUAAAGGGUAUAUAACUCAUCGCUAUUUGUUUAUUGUGCAUCGCAAAGAUUGUACACUUACUAAAUCAGCCCAGUCUCCAAUACCAUGGGAAUAGCUUCCAAGAGCAAUGGAGUAUAAAUACUCUAAGGAGUAUUGGAGUGCAACUGAGCACUUCAUGAAGUGUUUAAAAAUGCUUGAGGUGGACUGUUUUAAACUAGUGUAGCAAAAUUCUCAAUUACUGAGGGACAAUCUCCACUCACUGAUAUAUUUUGCUUUCUGCAACCAAAUCUCUGUACAACUUUUCAUGAGUGAUAUAGCCGAGUAUUUGGAUUCUAGUAACUAUAUUGUUGAAUUCUUUUACCUAAAGCUGGGUUAUUGCUGAUUAUGUACUCCAUGUAUCAUAUGACUUUUUAAAACAAACUUUGUAUUUGUGGAUAAUCUAAGCACUAUACCUAGAUGUACAGACACUCUUUUCUUAGCCUAUGUAUUACAUAAUUUCUUUAGCUUUAAUCAAAUUUUAAAAUUGAGCCUUUUCAACCAGAUAGGAUCCUGCAGACUCAGCUGUUAGUGUCUGGGACAGUGAUAGUUUGAAGAUAGGCCAUCUCAUUUUAUUAUAGUAGGAUGAAUGUGACUACCUCACAAGAAUAGUUUUAUGGGAGUGUCCAUCAUUGCUACGUACUGUCUUUUUGAAGGGAAGCCAAGUAACUAAAAGAGCAGGUGCUCAAGGGCAUGGAGUGAAAAGAAGACAUGCACACUUUCUUUAGCUUAAGAAAAUUUCAUCAUGAAGCAUUUUUAUUAGGAUCAGUCAUGAAUUGGAUUAAGUACAAUGGGUUGUCACUAAUUCAUUAAAGGACUAUUUGACCUGUUAAAUAUAUUUAUUGAAGCACUUAAGCCACAUUGUGAGUGUACAUAUCUUGCAACUUAUCUUCAAUGAGAGAGACUGGGGUGGGGGGGACUAGCUUUGUGUACUUACGCAAAUAAGUGCAGAUGGUAUUGGAAAAAACAGAAAAUGUUGAUUGUAGUUGUCUUUGUAAACCAAUACAUGUCUCACUCUAAUAUAUUUGCUCAAUAACCUACCAGGACCACAAGCAGCUUCAGAGGAAAGUUAAGCAUCCUAUUGAAAGGACAUAUUAGCAUUGUUACCAUCAAUUGUUUAGUAAUGACUCUCUCAUACUCUAUUAGCAGGUCCACCAUUUUGUCCCAGGCCCCCUGAAUCCUCUGGGUGGCCCUGUCUGUUAGAUUGGGCUUGUUCUACUGUUCUUCAAACUGACUUUGUAUUAUUUACUUUAAAGAACAAAGGUAAGUAAUGAAAUAAAAUAUCAACUCAA